AUGGGCAUCGGCAAGAACGGGGACCUGCCCUGGCCUCCACUCAGGAAUGAAUUUAAGUAUUUCCAGAGAACGACCACUACCUCUUCAGUAGAAGGUAAACAAAAUACCGUGAUUAUGGGUAGGAAGACCUGGUUUUCCAUUCCUGAAAAGAAUCGGCCUUUAAAGGAUAGAAUUAAUUUAGUUCUCAGUAGAGAACUCAAGGAACCUCCACGAGGAGCUCAUUUUCUUGCCAAAAGUCUGGAUGAUGCCCUAAAACUUAUUGAGCAGCCUGAAUUAGCUAAUCAAGUGGACAUGGUUUGGAUAGCAGGAGGUGGUUCUGUUUAUAAGGAAGCCAUGAACCAGCCAGGCCAUCUUAAACCGUUCGUGACAAGGAUCAUGCAGGAUUUUGAAAAUGAUACCUUUUUUUCCAGAAAUUGAUUUGGAGAAAUAUAAACUUCUCCCAGGAUACCCAGGUGUUCUUUCUGAUGUCCAGGAGGAGAAAGGCAUUAAGUAUAAGUUUGAAG